GGAAAGAAAUUAGACGAAAUGCGAGUGUGACGAGACUAGACGAGACGAGGCGAGCGGAAUCAAGAUGCCGCGUAGCCUGAAAGUGGGAGCACGCUAUUCCUCCAUGGGCAGAGGCAUGAACGACGAACGGCAAGACAGGGAAAUUUACCUCAUUUGUCUAAGUUCGAGGCCCGGUUCGGCAGCGGCUUCCGGAACCCGCACGACGCCGACGUACCCAUAGCUAGCGAUUCUACCGAAGCCUCCCGUCACUCCCCCUCAGCACCGCCCGGGCCGAAGUUCCCGAGGGGACUUUCGCCAGGUUCACCCCUUUGGAGGCUCGAGUGACCAAGUAGACCUGGCUUGAUACCCCGCGCGUCCGAGCCCCAAGCUGUUGAGUUCCAUGGCUUCAGAAUACCUGUAACGUCUGCGGACGUUAUAAUACCACUCUUACUACGCAGCUACUACGCCGCCAAGGAAGCCGCGAUCACCCCCGUGAUCACCGCCGUGGUCCCCGCCGUGAUGGCCGCUGCGUCCGCAGCAGCUAUUGUUGACUCCACCUGCCGCCUUGCGUGGCUCCAUCCUUCCUCCCGAUUCAGCCACCUUCCGCUUAUUGUCACACCCCGCUUCAUUAUUGCCACGAAUCCCCGCAGCAGAAGCAGCAGCAGCAGAUGCAGCAGCAGCAGCAGCAGCAGUGGCGGCGGCGGCGGCGGCGGCAGCAGCAGCGGCAGCAGCAGCAGCGGCGGCAGCCAUUUAUUUGGCGUGCGUCAGGCAUUCAACCCCCUCUCCCACCACACCACAAACCCCUGCAGCAUCGGUCGUCCAUUCGGCCGCGCACGUCUCCUCUGUGCCACACCCGCAUCGUCCUCACUUCGAUUCGUCUCCUCUGGCGGGCCUCGUUAUGAGUCGUCUCAAAGGCCGCAUUCCGCACUUUCCAGCAAUGGCACAGAGGAGGGGGAGGAGCUUGGGGACGAGCGGCCAGCGAGAGAGCUAGUAAGGGAGGGGGAGGUGGAGCAGUAUGAAAAGCCUGACUCUGGCGUGCGCCGUCAGUCUAAAAGGGCCAGAUUUGGCGAUUCUCUGAGCGGCCUGAGGCAGAAACUCGCGGAGAAACGACGAGCCGGUGGUGAGCUGCUGACGAACGUGCGGGCGCGGUUGGAGACGAAAGAGCAGCAGAGUGCUGUUGAGGGGACGCACACGGCAGCUCUUGGGAGGGGUGCGGUGCCGGGGAGUACUGAGGCGCUUCAAGAGUCAGCUCUUGUGGGAGAUGAGGUGCAGGGGGGUGUGAGCUCAGGGAUUGCCGAAGGGGGAGUUGAGGGAGAGGGCGCGGAGGAGGAGGGGAGAGGGGAGGGGCUUGGAGGGGUGGCGACUGAGAGAGAGGAGAACGGUGCUGCAGCAGAGAGUUUAGGAACGAGCCAAGUUGGAAGGAGCCAGAAUGGGGUGCGACAGGAUCAAACGAGUCAAACGAGUCAAAUGGACAAGGGUGAUGGUGGUGGUAGUGUCAGAAGCAAGAGAGCAGCGGUUGCAGCCGCUGUGAGGAGAGCUGCUGGUCUGGUUGGUCAGGCGCCUGAAAGAGUGCGGAGAGCGGUGGGUGCUGUUGGUCAGGCGCCUCAAGUAUUGGGGAAAACUGCAGACGCUGUUUUUGAGCUGGGUCAACGCACUGGUCAACGCGUCAAGGGCAGGCUGGCAGUCGUGGCAAGUCGCAACGCCGGUCAGCAGUUAAGUCAACUGCCGUCUGCUGUGUUUGAACUGGGUCAACGCACUGGUCAACGCAUAAAGGGCAGGCUGGCAGAGCAGAAUCAAGUAGAACUGGAUGAUUCUCCGAGGCCUGCUGCAGACACGGCAACGCGCAAGGCUGGGCAGCAGUUGGGUCAGCAGUUGAGUCAACUGCCGACUGCUGUGUUUGACCUGGGUCAACGCACUGGUCAACAAGUCAAAGGGGGGCUGGCAGGGGCAGCUGAAACACUUGCAAGCGCUGCUGCCGCCACUCCCCAGCAAACCCGGGCGUUGAGAAAAGCGGCAGCGACUGCUGCCAGCCUGUCACUCUUUGCUACUGCUGCCACCGCGGCUGCCGCUGCUGCUCGUGGUGGAUUGAUGGUUGGUGGUGCUGGUGGUGGCAGUGCGGCCUUGGCUCGCCAGCUCGCCAGGCGGAGGUAUGGUGUGGCCGGUGGUGGUGGUGGUGCUGCUGCUGUUGUGGUGGUGGGAGCUGAUGGUUAUGCCACUACUACAGUUGUGACUGCAGGUGGUGGUGAUGCGUGUGCUGGUGAUUGUAUGGGGGGUGAUUGUAACGGGGGAGAGAAUGGUGUUGCGAGGGAGGGGAGUGGUGACUACAGCGGGGGAAAACGUGGUGGCAAGGCUGGUGGUGUGAGUAUAGAAGGUAGAGAUGGCAGAAUGGAGGGCCCUACAGACCCUUUUAGAAGCUUCCAGGAAGGCGGGCCUCCAUGGAUGACAACAGACGAGGGGGCGGGGAGGGAGGAAGGGGUGGUGGAAGAGAGAGUGGCGGUGAAAGAGGAGGAAAGAGAGAAGGGAAUGGAGGCGAAGGAGGAGGAGGGAAAGAGGGGGUUUGGCUUGCAUCAGCUGCAGCAGUGGUGGGCGUCAGUCCUAGCAGCGUGUGCCACGGCACUGAAAGAAAUGGUAGGGAAGCAGCUAGCAGGGGGGGGCAUAGCCCAUGCUGCCCGAUGGUUCGGAUCCGUAGUGGCUGCGCUGGUGCUGCUCGUGGCUCUGCUUGCGGCUGCUGCUGCUGCUGUUGGUGGGGCUGGGAGGGGGAGGGGAGGAGGGAUGGGAGGGUUGAGACGUGGGGAGCAGAAGGUGACAUUUGAGGCGAGCCAAAGGUCGCUUGAAGGGGCGAGAAGAGGGGGGCAUCAAGGGGCGUGGCAACGCCGAGAGGUUUGGGUACGAGCCGUGUUGAUUGAACAAGGGGGAGUGUUGCAGGAUGAUGCGAUGACUCAGGGGCAACUGGUGUCGUGGACUGGGGGGUUGAGCAGACAGCAGGAGCAGCACCCGGGGCAGCACGAGGAGCAGCACGAGGAGCAUGGGGAGCAGCGCUGGUGGAGAUUGAAGAGUGGGAGGAGAAGGAGAAGAGGAGGGGCGAAUUGGGUAGCUAGCAGCAGCAGCAGCAACAGCAGGAGCAGUAGUAGUAGUGGAGAGGCUUAUUUGCUGAAGGAGAGAAUGAGCAGGCACCGAGCGUGGGAGGGAGGCAGGGAGGGAGUGAGGGCAGUGAGCGGAGCAACAACAGAAGCCAAGGAAGUGAAGAGAGGGAGAGAAGAGGCAAGGAUGGCAAGGGAGAGAAGAAGGGAGAUAGACCGAGAAAUGAAGGAGAAAGAGCGAGAACGAGAGAGGGAGAAGGAGAGGGAAAGGGAGAGGGAGAGGGAGGAGGUGGAGUACGAGAUCUGGCUUCAGGGUGUGUGGGACGAGGCAGUGGCGCGGGGCAUAUCAGAGGCGACAGUGAGGGAGGCCUUGGAAGGGCUGCAGCCGCUGCCGGCUGUGGUGGCUAAGGCUAAGGGUGCAGCAGAGGUGGUGCUGACGAGCAGGCAGUACGUGGACAGGAUGGUGAGUGUAGCGCGGGUGCUGGAGGGGAAGCAGGCGAUGGAAGCUCACAGGAAGCUUCUGGCGGAGAUAGAGGAGAUCUAUGGCGUGCCGCCCAAUGUGAUGACGGCUCUGUGGGGCAUAGAGAGCAGCUAUGGCAAGAACAUGGGCAAGUGGGAUGCCAUCCAAGCGCUGCUCACCCUCGCAUACCGCACACAGCAGCCCCGCCGUGCUGCUUUCUUCCGGGAGGAGCUGAUGGAAGCACUGUCGAUCCUAGACAACAACCAGGGGCCUCCGAUUGCUCUGCAUUCGCACCUCAAGGAGGAGGGCGGUGCAGACAAGGCGGGUUCGGCUGCAGGCGAGCUCACAACAACCACAAGGGCAACGAGGCGAGUGCGGCUGCAGGGGUCGUAUGCGGGCGCCAUGGGGCAGUGCCAGUUCAUGCCGUCGUCCUUCCAGGCGUAUGCUGUGGACCACGACGGCGAUGGCCGGAAAGACAUCUGGACAUCAGUACCCGACGUGCUGGCAUCAAUGGCCAACUACCUCAAGUGCAACCGAUGGAGACCAGGAGAGCCAGUGGGCGUUGAGGUGGUUCUCCCCCCCAACUUCCCACGCUCUCUCUUAAAGCCUCCCAUGAAGCUCUCAGUGGCCGAGUGGCAGCAGAAGCACGGAGUUAGAAUGGUGGGAGAUGGGGUCAAUGCAGCGAAUGGAAUCACGUACGGAGACAGAAAAACUCAAGGGGACGGUUGGAAAUCUUUACCGCCGGAUAUGACAGCAACUCUGAUAGCACCUGAUGGUCCAGCUGGCAUUGCCUACCUGGCGUGCCACAAUUUCCAUGUCAUCAUGCGCUACAACCCCUCCUCGCUUUACGGGCUGGCUAUUGCUGAGCUCGCACGGAGACUGGCGUAGCGGCUGUAGCAGCAAAACGGCUGUGCUACAACCGCUACAGUUGCUACAAUCGUUACAACCAGGCUGUACGGGCUGAGUUGCACAAAUACAGUCAUCGUUACGGUCAUCGCUGAGUUGGCAUGGAGAAUGGCAGAUUUACAGUACCAUAAUUCCCCAAUAUAGCACUAGUGGGUCUUCAAUCGUGUGUAGGCCAUUUUCAUAUUUGUGGUGAUCCAAAUAAAAGUCCUUGCGGCUCCUGUACGAUUUAGUUUCACAGUUCCGUUCUGAUCCAUAAAGAAUAUAGGGCUUG